AGCUUAAUCUCUCAGACUCUCAACUCUAUGGUACGGUGACAUGACAUUAUUUCAUUUUAUUUCAUUUUUCCUAACAUCACUCUUCUCAACAACCGUUGGCCUUUCGAUUCCGCCUACAACAUUUCCUAAUUGUCCAAAAAGUUGGCAUCACGAUGAACCUGGACGAACGUGCUAUCAUUUGGCACGUAGGCGAAUGCGCCUGACUGAAGCACAUUCAUAUUGUCAAAAAAUGAUUGCCGAUGGGUCUGCUCACGUAUUACGGGUUGAAUGCGGAGGCGAAAAUGAUUUUAUAAGUGGAUUAGUGAAAGGCCACUCGGAGAAAGUUUGGAUUGAUGCUAGAGCACGAUUUGAUAUUGUUGACGGAGCAGCCGGCCUAUUUGGACCAGGAUUUGUCUACAGAUGGCCUAAUGGAAAAAUCGUAAGAUACUCUAACUGGGCCAAUGGAAAUGGCCUGGAAGAAGUUGGAAGUUCCAAUUCAAAUAAAUGUAUUAAUAUCAAAAGUGAUGGUCAUUGGAUGAAUGCUAAUUGUUCCUCUACUGCUGCAGUGAUUUGUGAGAAAAAACUGCACAGGCCCUAUUCAAAGCAUUGUCCAAAACAUUGGGUGUACAAUAAAGAAACUCAAGCUUGCUAUCGCACUAUUUCAAAGACAAAUAUGACUAUUUUGGAGGCCGAUAACAAAUGCUUCGAUUACGGGUUCGAACAUCGUCAGGAUGCCAUGCUUACAAGUAUUGAAAGCGAAAGCGAGAAUCAGUUUGUGAUGAAUUUGGCGAAAGAAAAAGACGCAAAUUUUGAGUUCAUCUAUCUAGGCGGUUAUGGUAGAUCUCGAAAUGGAAAUAAGUGGCAUUGGAUGGAUGGCUCUGAAUUCAACUAUAUGAAUUGGGACCGAGGGAUGCCAUUCGGUCGGAGAGCACUGGCGGUUCUUGUCAUGAACAAGAGGGGUAAAUGGAUCAAUCAUUAUGCUGAUAAAAUAUUAUCACAGUACAAUGCUGUGGCUGUGUGCAAGUUCAAAAGUUGAUAUUUCCCUAAUUGAUUUGUUUAGUUAAUUUCCUAGUCAUUGCUCAUUCACUUUCUUGUUUUUCCCGCUGUUCCAUUCCAAUCAACCCAAGAAUCUCAUUUCAAUACCGAUCUCUGAAUAAACUGUGUUUUCAUA